GAAAGAGUCUGUGAAUUUUACCCUCAUCUGACUGGUGUGGUAUUGACAGCUAUGAAAACAACAUUUUAACACUAUACAGUUUAUAUUUAGUCAAGCCACACAUAGUCUACAAUGUCUACACGGGCCUUGAGAAGACUCAAAGGGAAACAGAGGGGUCAGGAGGCCUUGGACCUCGGGGACCUAAGUUUGGGAGACAGCCCGGAGGAGCAGGUUGAAGCUGAGGUUGGGGAGGAGCAGCUGGACACGGCUAAUGCUGCUAAUGCUGCUAAUGUUUCUCCUCCUUCCAAUAGCAAAAGCAGCAGCAGCCGAAAGACAAAGAAAAAUAAGGCUCAGGAAAACUUCAGUAACAUUUAUGAACUGAUAUGUGAUGCAGAAAAUGAGUCAGAUAGAGUUUCACCCGAUGAAGAUCCAGUGAAAAAUAAAGCAAGUGGAACCAAAAAGAAUAAUAACAAAGAUGUUGAGAAUCAAGGUCAAGAGCAUGAGGAAGAGUCCACAAAGUCGGGAGACAGAGUUAAAAAGAAGAAAAAAAAGAAGAAAACUAAAACGACAUCAGAGGAUGGACAAUUAAAUGGAGCUGCAACUGAAAAUAUUGAUUUACUGCUGGAGAACCUGGAGCUGUCCAACGGUGUGAGUCUGCAAAGUGAGGACUGCGGCGGCUCAGUCAGAAAAUCUGUGCUUCAUGUGGAACACAGGAAUCUCAACCCAGAGACUGAACUGAAGAGAUACUUUGGGGCUCGGGCUGUUCUGGGUGAUCAAAGACCUCGGCAAAGAAACAGGCACUUUCACCGCAGCACUUGGAUUACCAGCCCAAAGGAGAGCUGGCCUCGCUUUAGCCGACCCGGAAUCUCGAUGACCUUGCUGGAGUCCAAGAAUGGCGUUCAUUAUUUCACCUUUGAGCACAACCGGGACUACCAACAAGCGCAGUUCAAGUUCUUAGAUGCUGUUGAGUCCAUGGAUCCCAACAACAUUGUGGCUCUGCUUCAGCUAAACCCGUAUCACAUCGAUUCCCUGCUGCAGCUUUCUGACGUUUGCAGGAUACAGGAGGAUCAAGAGAUGGCGCGCGACCUCAUCGAACGGGCUUUGUACAGCUUCGAGUGUGCUUUUCACCCUUUAUUCAGCCUAACAUCAGGAACCAGCCAGCUGGACUAUUUGCGACCAGAAAACAGAGCAUUUUAUCUGGCUCUUUAUAAGCACAUGAUGUUCCUGGAGAAGAGAGGAUGCCCACGGACCGCUUUGGAGUACUGCAAACUGAUCCUUUGUUUAGACCCAGACUCCGACCCGCUUUGCAUGCUGCUGCUCAUCGAUUUCCUCAUGCUUCGUUCCAGAGAGUACAAGCCUCUCCUUCAGCUGUAUCAGGACUGGGAGGAGCAUAGAAAUCUGUCUCAGCUGCCAAACUUUGCAUUCUCCUGCGCACUCUGUCAUUUCCACCUGAGUCAGCAAGAUGAUGUGGAUCCUGAAGAAAGUGACAAACAGAGGCAACAAGCUGACCAGAUGCUGCAGAGCGCUCUCAUAAUGUUCCCUGGAGUUCUGAUGCCUUUGCUGGAUCUAUGCACUGUUCAGCCUGACAGCACAGUCUCUUCCCAUAGCUUCUUUGGUCCAAAGAGUCAGAUAGGGCAGCCACCAGCUUUGGCUGAGCUCACGGCUCUGUAUGUGGGGAGAACGUACAGCCUGUGGAAGGAGGCGGUGGUAAUGCUCUGGCUGGAGGAGUCAGUGAAGGAGGUGCUUCGCCGGGUCGAUGCCAAAGAUCCUCUCGUAGAGGACUGUGAGAACAAGAGAAAGCAGAGAUACCAGAGUGCACCAAGAAACAUCCAUCGCCAUGUUCUCCUCUCUGAGAUUAAAGAAGCCACCUCGACUCUGCCUCUUGAGGUGACCAUUCAGCCUGUGAUGGGUUUUGACCCUCUGCCUCCACUGGACUCUGUGAUUUCAUACACCAGACCAGAAAGGCAGCAUGUUGGUGCAUCCAAUGAGAGCACGCUGUCGCUGUUUUUCCGUUCUUUGCUCCCAAACUUCAACCUUCAGGGCGGACUGAGACAGGAGGAUGACAUGGAAGUAGCGCGAGUCGGCCAGGAGUUGAACCAGGAGGUGAAUCGUCUGAUGGUGGCCAUGAGGGACAUGCUGGCAAACAUCCGAUUCCAGGAGCCGCCCAGAGAGGACAACCCCUACAGGGACGAGGACGAAUGGGACUGAGAGAGCAGCGCUCAAAAUGCAAAGAGUUGAAAUAAAAACAGAAGACAUGUUCUUACGGCUAUGA